CAGAUAUCGGAUAUUGUUAUCGACCAUGAAAACACCUACCUACACAGCCACAUUUCCUUUACUCUGGACUGGAAAAGCAACCAUCGAGGUGACUCUUCUUCAUCCCAGUGAGGCCGUGACAGUAAUAAGAAGACUGAACAAAGACAAUCCAGACAGAGUUUACUUUAAAAGUGUUUUCCGCCUAAAUUCCAUCUCUGAAACCAUGAACUGUAAUUUCUGCCUGCGACCCACCAAACUGCCAGUGUGUGACUUCACCGACCUGCGCACGGGGGAACCAUGGUUCUGCUUCAAGCCAAAACAGCUGGGCUGUGAAAGCAGAAUCAGCCAUUCCAUGGGAGGAUAUCGAGAUAAAAUAUACCCUGGUGAAGAAAAGGUUUUCCAAAUUGGUGUCAACAUGAAAGUGAAACUGAGAUCUGAAGGACCAGCGUUUGUGAACGUGCUGCCACAGAGGAAUGUUCAGUCAGAGAGGAACAGAACCGUAGAGAACUUGGGACAUUCUGGAUAUUACUACCGUGGAGAGUGGCAGGCCCUGGAUGGGACCAGAGUUCAGCAUUUUCAAAAGCCUGCUGCCAUGAGUAAAUGUCUCCAAGGAAAGAAGAUCUACAUGUUUGGAGACUCCACUGUCAGACAGUGGUAUGAAUACCUUGUUGAAAAACUGCCAGGUCUGGUGAAUUUUGAUUUCCACAAUGGCCCAAAGACCGGACCGUACAUGGCGACCGACAUUGCAAACAACAUCUUCAUGCUCUACCAGGUCCAUGGUCUGCCCAUACGUAUACGACCCAUCUCAGUCAGCAAGGUUCGAUACGUUGCCAAUGAGCUGAACUCCAGAGGAGCAAACACCGUUGUAAUUUUGGGUAUCUGGGCUCACUUCGCUUCAUUACCUGAUGAGGUUUACCUCAGGAGACUGCAGCGCAUCCGCAACGCUGUUGUGCAAUUGUUGAACAGGUCUCCAGGCACACUGGUUAUUAUUCGCACUGGAAACAUCAAAGACCUGUCUGCUUCUAGAGCAGUAUUCAACAGUGACUGGUCCACCAUGCAGCAGAAUAAGAUACUUCGAGCUGUGUUCCACAGAGUGAAUGUUCGCUGGGUGGAUGCCUGGGAGAUGACAUUGGCACAUGAUGCCAGGUUUCUGCUUCACCCCCUGCCCCCUAUUAUCAAGAACAUGGUGGAUGUGGUCCUGUCCUACAUCUGUCCUCUGAAGGAGGGAAAGGUGCUUGGUGGCAAGAGCGCUGUGGCCGUUUCCUGAACACAACUGCUUAGAAAUGGGCUCCAAUGAAAGAGGAAGCAUGGACUAAACCAAAGAAGCCUGAUGGACUCUGGGAGGCAUGUGAGACUGCUGUCUCUGACAUGUUGACUGUACCUGAGAACCAUGUGGAAUUGA